AUGACUAUUGGCCGACAUAUGGCUCAGUGCUUGCUACGCCUUUGCCAGCUUGGGGGUUUGGGGAAUGGCAGCCCCAAAGGAGCCCCCUCCCCCAGCUCCUUCCCCCCCCCUCGCCUUUUCCUCUCUCCACGUGGCUUUCCAUCCGAGGAGCUGGCGCGGCUCUGGAGCUCCGUCGAGCGGCCAAGCCCGGGAGCGCAGCAGGGACGGAGCGACCAAAGCAUGGGGAAGGCGAGGAAGACCCCGGCCGCUACCGCGACGCGGAAAGGCCCCCCGUCUGGGGGGAGGAAGCCUCCGCCUCCGGCCUCGAUCCCUUCCCCCCGGGAUCGGGCCUCCAAGGGCAAGGGGCCGCCGAUCCAGAAGCCCCCGAAGGCGGCGGAGCGUCCGGCGCCUGGCGCCAGCCCGGACGAGCUGUGCGCCCUGGCCCUGGGGGCGCAGAAGGAACGCUGGCUCCAGUUUCAAAAGCGCCAGAGGGUGAGCUGCGAGGAGGCGGCCAAGCUCUUGCUGGAUACCUUCGAGUACCAGGGCCUGGUGAAACACACGGGGGGCUGUCACUGUGGAGCCGUCCGCUUUGAGGUCUGGGCGUCAGCCGACCUCCAUGUCUUCGAUUGCAAUUGCAGCAUCUGUGUCAAGAAGCAAAACAAGCAUUUCAUUGUUCCUGCCUCACACUUCAAGUUGCUGAAGGGCACCAACAGCCUCACCACCUACACCUUCAACACCCACUGUGCCCAGCACACGUUCUGCAAGACGUGUGGCGUCCAGAGCUUCUACACGCCCCGCUCCAAUCCAGAUGGCUAUGGCAUUGCUCCGCAUUGCCUGGAUGAGGGAACUGUGAGCAGCGUCACCGUGGAGGCGAUCAAUGGCAAGGAAUGGGAGAAAGCUGUGAAGGCCCACCCCUCCAUCAGGUGCAUGUCCAAACAGUGACCCAGCUUAUUCUGGAAUCGUGGAUGCCCCAGAGCUGGUGGUUUUCUUCUCCUCCCUGUCCCCCCCCCCAGCCCAUCUGUCCGGGAUUGCUCAGCAAGAGAUCCCCAUUUCAAAUACAUUUGGGAAAUAAAACUUGUAUUUUUGUAAAACAAA